GGUAGGUAACAGCGACCUGACAGCGAUGCACUUUCAUCUAGGAAUGGUAUCUAUCAUAUUGCUGUCAACCGGCUGCGAGCAUAACACUGCUUAUCAUUGUCGACUCUUGUUGCGGUUGGCCUUUCAUAGUGACCCUAGUAUCCCUUCAAAUACAGUCCCUUCAUCAUGCGACCACGAAGCUCUCCUACACUAUCAUGGCUGACCAUGAGCAUGUUGCAAUAUUCUGGGAUUAUGAGAACUGCGCCCCGCAGUCUGGUGCCCCAGGCUACGCUAUUGUAAACAACAUUCGUCAAAUCGCUCACAAGUAUGGCAGCGUUAAAUUAUUCAAGGCCUACCUCGAGCUCUCAGAACUUUCCUCAUCGAAGUCAAUGGCAUUUCGGUCAGAACUACAGCAGUGUGGUGUAUCCUUGACCGAUUGUCCCCAUAACGGUCGAAAAGACGUAGCAGAUAAAAUGAUGAUCGUGGAUAUGUUGGCCUAUGCUAUCGACACACCUGCCCCGGCCACUGUGGUUUUGAUCUCGGGCGACCGCGAUUUCGUCUAUGCGGUCUCUGUUUUGAGGCUUCGUCGAUAUCGCGUGGUAGUGGUCGCCCCUCCAACUGCACACAUCAGCCUCAUUUCGCAAGCAUCAGAAGUCCUGGAUUGGGAUUAUGAGGUUCUUGAGAAACCUCGACGCGAAGCACGCCCGACAAGCAAUGAUUUCUCUCGGUACAGUUCUCAAAGGGUCCUUGAAGGAGACUCAACUCGGGUCCCAUCCACACCUACAACUGCGAUUUUCUCUUCCCCGCGCCUCCGUAGGCGAGAACUCAUCUAUACCCCUGGUGCUUCAACCUCCAAGGAUUACUCUGCGAUUCUCCCUGUUCGUACGGCAGAAACACAAAACACAACAUUAACAGAACCACCUACGCUCAGCUCCUCUCGAGAAAGUAAACAUACCCCAGUGCCUGACAUAUUGAAUGCUGAGUACACGAGCACGCCUCAAGUUCCAAGUGCACCGUCUACUGCUACCAAUGCCCUUGGCGACAAACCACAAAGCCCCUGGUCGCGACAUAAGCUGUUAUCUCCACUUGGAUCCUCUGCAUUCGAGACAACGGUCGUCUCUCCAACUGCACGUUCUGUUGCAACCAAUCACGGGCGAAGAGAAAGUCACGAUGGUACCUCCGGAGAAUUCGCCGUGCGCAGUUCAUCUAUCACGCCAAAGGGUACGACUAUAGAUACUUUGCCUCGGACAACAUUCUUAGGAGAACUACGUACAUUGCCUCAACGAUCGUCCCAUAGCCUGCCGUCACCAGAGAAGUCUCCGGAUCUUCAAGUGGAACGUCUUGCUCGGCCAGCUACUGCGGAUCCGAUGCUGAAAGCCACAGAAGGAAGUCCGGUUUUGAUGCGCAAUGCACAAGGCCCUUCCACCUUCGUUGAAGAACCCUUGGCUAUCCGUCAGCCAAUCUCUGAAGCGCCACUUGACCAAAUACUAGUUGAACGCCACUCGACAGGCAUCCAGACCAAAACACCCCGAGUUCCUGUGCAAAAUCUACAAUCAACCAGUUCAACAGCUGGACAUUUUCCAAGUGAGCGCCAUGUUAUGACCUUACCAACAAGAGCGGAAGUCCAACGGACGCCACUGCCUCAAAUCCCGGCACCAUUCACACUUCUGGUGGCCGUCCUAGACAGACUGAGAAUCGAAGGGCAAAAUCGUCCAUUAAGAUCACACGUCUCGAUUGCACUAAUGCAUCGCAAUCCCAGGGUUUACGAACAAGCAGGCGUAGUCAAAUUCAAGCAAUAUUCGGAAAUUGCACAGGAACUUGGGUUAAUCGAGUUGGGAGGAUUACAGGGAGGUGCUUGGAUAUCCCUUAGACCCCAAUGGCAUGGAAGUGGAUUGUUAUUGGAUGCAUGAGUAGGAUUGUGAUACCCCAACAUCCUCGGACUUCGCCGUAGUGAAGAGCACCUCGACAUUUGUACACAUUAUCUCAGCUUUGGACAUUGUACUCUAGUGUAGCCAUAGUAUCUUCCAUCCGCAUUGUUGCAAGUAGUGAAUCCGAGGAGUCAGCGAUAUCCAGGCCCAAGACCAACAUUAUUC